AUGUCUCUUCUGUCGCAUCUGCGUUCUCCGGCUUUGUCCUUCAUCCAGACGCUUUUGUCGCUGCUGUUGUCGUUGGUUUCGUUGUCGUCGUCUCAUUGGUUUGUGGGCAGUCAGAAAGUCCCUAAGCCCUUGUGUUCCCCGACCCGACGGCUCAGGUGCACUCCGGUCCCCGGCAUGACGGACAGCUCGGCUCAGUUCUCCUGGGAAACGGGAGACGAUCGCUUUAUCUUCCCGACAUUCCACACGGGGCUGUGGACCACCUGUGAGGAGAACAUCUACACCGACAACUGGGAGGAGAAGUGCCGCAGUUUCAUGGCCCUGACGCCUGCAUCUGAAAAAGGAAUCCUGUGGCUGUGUGUUGGGAUGGAGUUGUUGUACAUUGUUCUGUUGUCCGUCAGUUCGGUUCUGUUGUUGCUGCAGUUGAGUUUGUCGCUCUGGUGUCCACUGCUGGAGCGCUGGGGUCACUUACUGAACGCAUUCGCUGCCGUCUGCACUGUUCUCGGAGGGUUGGUUGGGAUGGUGGCUCAUAUGAUGUACAUGCAGGUUUUUCAGGUGACGAUCACUCACGGUCCUGAAGACUUCACACCUCACAGUUACGGAUACUCUUGGGCCUUUUAUGUUGCGUGGUUGGCCUUCACCUGCUGCAUGUCUUCUGGAGUUUCUACACUCAACAUCUACACCAAGACGUUUCUGAUGCUUGGACGGAAACACCAGCAUGUGUCUUACCCCUGUAAGAACUUUACUUUCCCUCCUCAAUAUCCUCUUGUGUCUCCGCUCUCUCCGUACAUCUCGCCUCCCCUUCCACCUCCUCCCCCCACCUGCCACGCACCUCUCUCGCCCGCUCUCUCUCUCCUCCGGCCCCCUUCCAGCCCCCCCGUCACACUCUUUCUGUCUCCGGUGAGCUCGGACGAGGACUUCAGUACCCUGUGAUGUCUGAAACAUCUUUCAUCUGGUAUUCAUAGGAACACCAUUGAGUUGUCUUCACCUGCUCGAUGUCACUUCAGUCUGAAGGACGUUUAGAGAGGGUUCUCCAUACUUCACCUGCCUUUAUCUGCAUCAUUUUAUUUUGGCAUGAAUAAAACUCAGCAAUCUUCUGUUUUGCCUCUUUUCUCCAGAAUGUUUUUGGGUGUCCUCUACAAGCGCUUCAUAUGUGAUGGACAUGUUUCAC